GUAUAAAUCUAUUCUAACCUUAAAAUUAUUCACGUCAAAGUUCCUUUAGCGACGCAAGGUGUAUCGGUAAUUUGUGCCUGAAUAUAAAGGUUUUUACUAUAAAUAAAACCAGUAGUGUAAUUGCAAUGCAGGCGCCGACAAAAGUGGAUUCUAACCAGAUUAAAGCCUUUCGAGAAUUCCUGACAUCUUAUAACAAAUUAUCAGAAAUUUGUUUUGUUGACUGCAUAAAUGAUUUUACUGCUCGGGAUAUCAAGCCACAGGAGGAUAAGUGUGCCCUAAAUUGUAUGGAAAAGUACUUGAAGAUGAACCAACGAAUAUCUGAACGAUUUCAAGAAUAUCAAAUAAUUACUAAUAAGAAUGUAUUAACGGCUAACAAAAAAUGAA